AUGUGUCCUCCAGGAGAAAAGCCUCUGAAUCUGACGAUGAUGACAUUGUGGUUCUAUGUGAAGUUCGAAAGCAAUUUCCUCAAUACUGUUCAAGGCAAAGGCACUUAUUCUGGAUGGCUCACUCUAGAGUUCUACACUAACCUCUCCUCUGAUUUCGCACUUGCCUCAUCGCCACACUAUCAUCGGGUGUUUGUCCGUGGAAAAUGGUAUGAUUUCAGCCCUGCCGUCAUCAACAGGUACUUCAACCGUUCUACCCUAGAAGAGGACCUUGAGCCAGGAUUGGAUGUGUUGGCUUCUACACUCAUACAUGCUGCGGUCACUACCUGGCCUACCACUAAUUUGCCCUCUACUUCAGUCACAAAGGUCUACUUUGUUCUGUUUUGUCUUUCCUCCAACAAUUGGCUUCCUAAUGUUACUCUUCAUUGUGUGAGCAAGAGGAUGGCUGUUCUUCUCUACAAAGUGCGCAACAAGAUUGAUUUUGAUUUGGUGACUUUAAUCUACAAUCAUAUUAUGGGGUUUGCUAAGGGAAAAGAACCUAAGGUACACUUGUUGUUCCCUUGCUUAAUCUAUGGCAUUCUGAAGGAACAAGGUCUCAAGCUUUAUGAAAAUGAACAUGAGUAUUCGAUUGAGAAGAAAUACACCAUGGACUAUCGGUUACAUCAAAGCUCUCAUUUUGAUGAUCGCGAUUCUCUACUUGCGGAGAUCUUCCCUGCUCCGGCUCCUAUGCCAACUGCCUCCGGAUCUUCAUCUGUCGGACCUGACCUAGUGCCUACUGCUACUCCUAAUAAUCCUCCUGAACUAGUGGUUUUUCGACAACAGGUUGCGUACUAUAGGGCUGUGUCAUCUGCUUUGAAAAACAAUAUCUCUUCCUUACAGGCUGUUGUUGCAGAUACUGAGGACAAGCUUGCCACUACUCUUCGUCAGAUCUCUACCCUAGAAGACGCCAUCACUGCUCGCUCUGCGGCUCAUGAGGAUCCUGUAGACACUGACGACUUGGGAACUCUGUCUAGUAGCACAACUCACUAG